UUGUGAUGUGACCAUUUUUAUUCUGACUUUCUGUGUGGUUUUAUCGAACUUACAAUUUAUAUAAUUCCUUGUAAAUUAUACUGGUUCCAUUGAAUCAAGUGGAAAUAUAUUUUAAUUAAUUUGGUUCUAUAUUUUAAUUUCUGGUACAUACAUACCUACUUAUAUACCCGAGUAUGUACCAUAACCAAAUGUUUGUGCUGCUGUAGAAAAAAGAAUUCAACUGUGUCAUGGUGAACACCCGUCGUAUGGAGUCAAAUGGCUCAACGUCAGGUCCAAGACACCGUACAAGGGGAAGCCUUAGAUUGGUUAAAGUUGAGGUAGCCGAAGAAAGUGGUUCAUCUAGUGUGAAUGAAAGUGAUAGUGAGGAUUUGACUGACAAAGAAUCAUCAUCCAACACCCCAGAAAAAACAAAGGAACCUAUAAAAAAGAAAGUUCCUCUUCCGUCUAGAAAUUUAAGAAGCAAAUUUAGUUUCACAGAAAGGAAAUAUAAUCCUCGUCCAUUAAGAAGUAGUCACAAGCGGUUAGGCUUGAAUGAAAGACAUUCACUGGCCGUAUAUUCAUCCCAUAAAAUGCAUGAUGAUUCGGAUGAUUAUGGAAACGGACAUGAAUCGGAAGAGGAAAUAUAUUCUGUUAGGAGUAGGAGGUCCAGGCAUCUUAUAAAGAUGAACAGAAUUCAAAGGAGAACGGCUUUAUCCCUUAGACCUAUAAGUCAGAAAUGUUACACAGAUCCCCAUUCACCAUUACACUUUAAUUCCGAUUCAGAUGAAGGAGGUGUACGAAGAAGCAAAAGAAAGAAACGGAUGAAUAUGACGUGGCUAGCAGAUAAUCAGAUGCAUAAAGUGGGUUACCCAAAUUUAAAUGCUGGCUAUUCCGAGGAAGAUAGUAGAGAUGCCGCAGAUGCUCACAGGGACAAUAUAGAGAUUUCUCAUCGGGUUACCAGGCGAAGCAACGAUUUGAAAAACACAAAGUAUUUGUACGAUUAUGGGGAAGGAGAGAUAUCGUCAAGACGUCGGAGAAAUGUAUCGGCUUUAGGCAGUAAAAAAGAAAUUAGACCUAGAAGAGAGUCGAACGAUAAAGAGAAUAAAAAGGAUGUCAUUGUAAAUGGUAAAACUAAUGGGAGAUUAAGAAGUUCGAAAACAGAGAGUGAGAUUAAACCCAAAGCUAAUAUAGAUGAAAAUGAAGAUGAGUCUAAUGAAAGCGAAGAUAAAGUUGAGGAAGACAUUGAAGAGCCAGAAGUGAAUGGUGUUGCAAAUGAGAAUGGAGAAAAUGAUAUUAAACAAGAGGAGGAGCACUCGUCAGAUAGCGGUGACGAGAAAGUGGUAUUAGCAUCUUCUAGGCCACGUAGUACAAAAAACAGAAGGAAUAGCAUGUUAAGAAAUACAAAUUUUUCGUCGAGAAAUGGAAGGAAUGGAAAAGUAUUAGAAUCUAGUUCAGAAUCGGAGGAAGAAGGGAGAAAAUAUUCAUUGAGAAAUCGACCACCAAAACCAGCGCCUAAAACCAUGCAAACGUCUGUGUUACGAACACAUGACAUUAGGACAAGACGACAUUUUACGAGGAGGCGUAAAAGAACUGAUUCAACCUCUAGUUCAUCGUCAUCCUCAUCAUCUGAUGUCAGACAUGGGAGCAGCAAGACACCAAAGAAUCCUCAUUCGAAGAAUGAAAAACUGAAAUCAGGAGGUGGGGGAAGUUCCAAAAUAAUUCCAAUAAAGCCAGAAACGCUGGAUUCUUCUGUAAGGUUUAACAGUAUCGGUGGUUUGGAUAGCCAUAUACAAUGCCUUAAGGAAAUGAUAUUGUUGCCCAUGAUGUAUCCUGAAGUUUUCAAACAGUUCCAAGUUCAAGCGCCACGUGGCGUGCUUUUUCAUGGUCCUCCAGGUACUGGGAAAACUUUAAUCGCGAGAGCCUUGGCAAAUGAGUGUAGCUUUGGGAAAAGGAAAGUUUCUUUCUUUUUAAGAAAAGGUGCCGAUUUACUAAGUAAGUGGAUAGGAGAAUCGGAAAAGCAACUGCGUCUCUUAUUUGAACAGGCUGCACAAAUGAAACCGUCAAUAAUUUUUUUCGAUGAAUUAGACGGUCUGGCCCCGGUGAGAUCGUCCAGGCAAGACCAAGUCCAUGCCAGUAUCGUUUCGACCCUCUUGGCCCUCAUGGAUGGCCUAGACGAUAGGGGAGAGGUCAUAGUGAUUGGUGCGACUAAUCGUAUCGAUGCUAUCGACCCCGCACUGAGGAGACCUGGUAGAUUCGAUCGUGAAUUAUUCUUUCCAUUGCCUUCUAUAAGGGAACGAGAAGAAAUUUUAAGUGUACAUGUAUCUCUGUGGGCCAAUCCGCCUAGUAAACAGAUGUUGAGUUAUUUGGCAGAAAAUACGGUUGGAUAUUGUGGGUCGGAUCUAAGGGCGUUGUGCUCCGAAGCGGUUAUUCAGAGUUUCAGGAGAAAUUAUCCUCAGGUGUAUAAUUCCGAAUUCAAGCUGCUUUUAGAUCCAGAAAAUGUGAAGGUAGAAAAAGUUGACUUUCUAAGAGCCAAAUCUCUCCUCGUACCUGCUACACAUAGAAUUUCUCAAGGAUUAGGAAGAAAGCUGUUACCAAUUCUAGAACCUAUCUUACAGAGACCUCUAGAAUCAACCUUCUCUAUUCUGGAGCAGACAUUUCCCCAUGGCUUAAAUGCUACAUUAGCAAAGGUGAAGUUGUCUCCCAACGUGAGACCUGCUCAGUUACUCAUAACUGGGGACGGACCGGAACAUGGCCAGACUUUACAUCUUGCUCCAGCAAUUUUAUUUAGAAUGGAGCACAUACAUUCUUAUCUUUUAGAUCUACCUAUGCUUUUUCGGGAAACGGGUCGCUCGCCGGAAGAGGCAUGUAUUCAGGUUUUUAACGAAGCAAGACGAAAUGUCCCCAGUAUAGUGUACAUUCCCAGCAUAGAUCAGUGGUGGGAACUAGUCGCGGAAACCGUUAGAGCCAUUUUAAUAGCGCAACUGCAACAGCUUGAUCCAAACAUACCCAUCCUGUUUUUAGCUACCGCAGAUAGAUUAUAUAAGGAUUUGCCCAGUGAAUUACGGGACAUAUUUUCUCAUUACCGAAAUGAGGUCAUGGAAGUUGAGCCACCAAACUGUGAAAUUAGAAGGUUUUUCUACAAACCCCUCAUAAUAGAUUCAAGCUUGAGAUUGCCAAGGCAGCCACGAGAGAGGCCUAAAACUCCGCCACCCCUUCUCAGGGCGCCUACACCACCCCCUCCUCCACUGAACGAGGAAGAGUGUAGGAAGUUAUACGACAAGGAGGAGCACACUUUGAGGGAGCUCAGGAUAUUCUUGAGGGAUAUGUGCAAGAAACUCGCUAGUAAUAAAUUGUUUUUCAUGUUUACCAAACCCGUCGACACCGAAGAAGUACCAGAUUAUACAACCAUAAUAAAACAACCGAUGGAUUUGGAAACCAUGAUGACCAAAGUUGAUUUUCAUCGAUAUGAAUGUGCCAAAGACUUCCUCAAUGAUAUCGAACUGAUAUGCCAAAACGCUCUAGAAUACAACCCCGCUAGAACAUCUGCCGAUAAACAGAUUAGACAUCGAGCUUGCUCCCUUCGCGAUUAUGCGUACACCUUAAUAAAAACUGAAAUGGAUACGGAUUUUGAGGAGAAAUGUCAGGAGAUUUCGAAAAAACGUAAAGAAAGGAAACAUUGUCGCACAAAGUACUUACCUCCAUAUAUAAACACUCCUGAAAUGAAACUUUUAGAUGCAGCUUUAAUCGAUGGGGCAGAUAAACCACCAUCUUCAGUGGAAACUUUGGAGACUGUUCCGAAAGAGGAUAAACCGGAAGAAAAGCAGAUGGUCGAUAAACACGACGGCGGGAAGAGUCCGCAGAGGAAGCGAAAAAGAUUUAGUUGGCAGAAGGGAUAUUUAAUGAAGAAGAGAAAAAGGAGACUUCUGGAUAUAUCACAGUCUCAUACCGAAGAAAAAGCAUCUUCCGAUGAUUCCAAAGAAAAUGAAAUGGAGGUAUCCCCCGAGCAAACCUUAAAUAGUAGUGAUAUUACAACCGAACCUCAGCAGGAAGGAAGCAGGAGGACUUCCGAGACUACUGCUCCGCUCACCAUUAACUGUGAUACACAACCCCAAAAGAUGGAUCAUAUUCUAUUACAGUCCCCAAAGAGGAGAUUGAGUGAUCUACUGAGUCCUUCGGAAUUAUUAGAUAAUCCUUUAGAUUUCGAUGAUGUUGAUCAAGCUCUAAAUGAAACAGUUUCAGAAGUUUCGAAAACCAAAGCAAUCGAAUGCUCACAGCCGGAGUUAGAAAGAGUGUUGGAACAAACUGUCAAAUUGACGGAAGGGUAUUCAUUGGUGCCGCUGCUUGAUUUGCAUAACCAACUCAGUAGGAUAAUUAAACGGUAUUCAAGGACCCACAUCAGAACUACAUUGCCAAAGGAAUUAACACAAGAACUGUCAAGAUUUAGGAAGCAAAGGGGAUUAGAGCCUCCCGCGAUUCAGUCGGCUCAGAUUUCUAAUCUUGGUUGAACCACUAUACCUUUUGCAAAAUAAUUUUAGUUUUAUUUGUAUUUAUUAUUAUUUAUAUAGCAGUAUUUUUUUAUAAGGAUAGCAGAUGGGUGAUCUGCGCUAACAUUACUUAAUUUAUUUUAGUGUAAUUUCAUUUAAUUUUUAAUAAAAUUUUAUUUUAUAUUUAUAAUUACCAAAGAUUUUAUGUACGAUGUGGUAAAUUUUGCCAUUGGAGGUUGUGCGUAGAUCUUGAUUUGCGAAGAUCAAAUUUAAACCAAAAUUUAUAAUGAUUAAAAACGAAAAGAAAAAUGCUUAAGCGAAUCUUGAAUAAAAUUUUAAUGCUUUGUUUUUAUGGUAUUUGAACUACGUUACUUAUUCGAUCAAAAAAAUAGGCUAACCAUGAAUCUACAAUACUUAAAAGUAUGUUUUUUAUGGGAAAAUUUUUGUUCAAAUUUAACUUCUAUUAGAAUUUUUGAGGUAUACGCCAGGAAAAUAAGCUGGGAAAUGACCAUCGCGACUUUUUGUUUUGGCAAGCUAAAUUU